AUGGGUCUUCUCUCUAUGCAGCAUCAUUCACAGCACCAGCAACAGGGUCAUCCGCCUUCCCAACAUCUACAACACUCGCGACCCCCGAGUGUAGUUCACCAGCAGCAUCACGCGCAGCCUCACCCUCCGCCGCAACAGCAACACCAAAGCGCGUACUCGUCGACUCAUUCGCUCCCUCAAGGUUACCAAGCCAGUGGUCAAGCACCCAGCAAUCAGGACAACCUCAACUAUUACAACCACCCAAGCCCUUACAGCACCCCAGGUGCCACAAGCGGAUACACAUCCGCCGAUACCUCAGACAUGAUGGCCGCAGCACAAAUGCCGAGACCUCCCUAUCCCCCAAUGUCCUAUCAUACGCCUCAGUCCAACUCUCCUGCUUCAGUCGCAUCCCCUUCUCAACAUGAUCAGCACAGAAGCAUCUAUGGCCAACCACCAUCGCAGCAUAUGCAGCAGUCCAUGUACUAUCAACCUCAAAACCAAUACCAAACAAUGCCCCCUCAAGCUACCGCAUCGCCAUAUGCGCAACAUGCGCCCCACCCUCAACAGUCAAUGACAUCUCAGCCCGCCAUGAUGAUGUCUCAAACUGCACCUCAGAACCAGAUGACCCAGCAUGCUGCGCAGCACGCGCACGCUGGAAUGACAGGCAGCCCUCGACCGAAGAUUGAGCCUCAAGUGCCUCUCCAACUCCAGAAGCCACAGUCCUCUCCCAUGCAACAAGCUCAUCACCCUCAAAAUGGUGGGCAACUUCAGAGCCCAGGAAACACCACACCUGGUGUGAACCCAAGCGCAGCUCCUGGACCCAUCCCUGCCACGACCCCUCUUGUGGUUCGACAGGAUGGCAACGGUGUCCAGUGGAUCGCUUUCGAGUAUUCUAGGGAUCGAGUGAAGAUGGAGUACACCAUUCGCUGCGACGUCGAGUCAGUCAACAUUGACGAGCUGUCCCCCGAGUUCAAGCAGGAGAAUUGUGUCUACCCCCGCGCAUGUUGCCCUAAGGACCAGUACCGCGGCAACCGCCUGAUGUACGAAACCGACUGCAACCGUGUUGGUUGGGCUCUGGCCGAGCUCAACAUCCCCCUUCGAGGCAAGCGAGGCCUCAUCCAGCGAGCCGUGGACAGCUGGCGCAACAGCAACCAGGACCCUCGACUCCGUAGUCGACGAGUCCGUCGCAUGGCAAAGAUGAACCAGCGAAAGCAGGUUCAAGCUUCUCCACAUCCCGGGGCCGCACACAUGUCAGGCCCCAGCGGACCAUCAGGGAUGCCUGGCGGCCCGGGACCCAUGGGACCUAGUCCCGCCUCCAUGGGCAAGCCUGCACUCGGUAGCAUGGGUCAACCGAUGCACCACCACCAACCAGGAGCUCACCCCGACGGAUCAGGACAAGGUGGACAGGAUGAAGUUGUGAUACCAAACGCAUCUUGUUUUCCUUAUUACCGUACAAAAAUUAUUGGACACAGUUCUGUACAUUACCAUAAAGUCGCGCCUGCACAGUUGCUGCUGCUACUGUUAGUUGUUUUAUUUGCCGCUGGGUUUCCGCGACUCUUAGACGAGUUCAAUCUGCCUUUUGGCUUUAAAAGUUGCAUUUAUCGUUUGCUUUGGUUCAAUUACCCAAAAGCUUUAUCCCUUCGUUGUCUCGCUGGCGAUGGCAACUCGUACGAACACCAUCACCACCAGGCUCCUACAGCCCAGAACCCUUCAAGUAACGACGAUGUGAGACCAGCCCACGUAUUUACUGGAUAUAACAGUCAGCCCUACCCCACUAGUGCGCCAAUGUCUCAUAUGGCUCCUCAUUCUGGGGGCGCUGUCCCAGCUAAGCGCCACAGCCGAGCCAACGCUGAUGAGCCUGACGAUCUUUUCCCUGAUAUCCCGGAAGCCAAGAAGCGAAAGUUUAUCCUUGUCGAAGACAAUGUGCGUGGAUCUCGCCUCCGUGUCAGGGUAACCCUUGAGGGAGUUGAUACCAAUGAGAUCCCGGAUAGCUUCCGUAAGGGUGCAAGUGUCUUUCCUCGUAGUUAUUUCCCACGGGAGAUGCAAAGUCCUCCUCCUAGCGCGACUGGAUCGCGCUUCUUUGGUGAUGACCAAGACGAUGAUGGUAUCGAGGAAACUGAGGGCCGUGAGUCCAGCCGUCGUGGAGUUAACAGGAGUGGCAAGGAGAUGGUCAAGGUUCCCAUGGGCGAGUCCACAGGGGAAAUUGCCAUUCCCCGAAUGAGGAAGUCCAUCCGAGGCAGGGAGGUCCGCCUUAACGAUCUAGGCUAUCGUAUGGCCUGGCUCCAAAGCCGAGUCUUUGCCGGCCGAACUGUAUUUUUGCAGCGAGCAUUGGAUUGUUACCGCAACAAAACGCGAGCUGCUAUCGAGAGUGUUAUGCAAGAUGUCAAGACUGUUGCUCCUCACUAUGAGACUCGCGCCGGCAAGAGACGCUGGAACGAGCGUAUGCGACGUGGAGAGAAGAAUGACGAAGAGUAA